CAAAAGAAAUACCACAAAAGCAUUACUCACAUUUCACACCCUAAUGGCUCCAAGUUUGGAUGAUGAGAGCUCUCUUUUUAACUUUGUCGUCCGAGAUGGAAAUGGCGUCAAAGGAAUAGUGGACUCUGGCAUAUCAAAGGUGCCUCGGCCUUACAUUCAACCACCUGCCGAGCAAAUUAAUAAGAAAAAUGCAAGUAAAUGUGAGAUACCACCGAUCGAUUUGUCGAAGCUCGAUGGCCCCGAGCAUGACGAAGUGGCCAACCAAAUUGUUAGAGCUGCUGAGACUCUUGGAUUCUUCCAAGUUGUAAACCAUGGAGUUCCCAUACAACUACUCGACGCCCUUAAGCAGACCGCACAUAACUUCUUUGGAUUGCCUGCAGAAAGAAAGGCUGUUUAUCGCAAAGAGGUGAGUCCAUCCCCAUUAGUGAAAUAUGGGACUAGUUUUGUGCCCGAGAAAGAGAAAGCAUUGGAAUGGAAAGACUAUAUUAGCAUGGCUUACACUAAUGAGAAUGAAGCUCUUCAACAGUGGCCUAUGGAGUGCAGGGAUGUUGCUCUUCAAUAUUUGAAGACGUCGCAUGAGAUGGUGAAGAAAUUGCUUGAUGCUUUGAUGGCAAAUCUAGGAGUGGAACUAGAUGACUCAAAUAUCGAUGCAUUCAUCGGAAAGAAGAUGGUUAACAUGAAUUUUUAUCCAACAUGUCCUAAUCCUGAAUUUACAGUCGGAGUAGGACGUCAUUCCGAUAUGGGUACUCUUACAAUCUUAUUACAAGAUGGAAUUGGCGGUUUGUAUGUAAAAGUUCCUGAAGAUAUAGAUAUGGAAAAGAAAGGAGAGUGGGUAGAGAUUCCUCCUAUUCCUGGUGCCUUAGUCAUCAACAUCGGCGAUAUGUUACAGAUAUGGAGUAAUGGAAGAUAUAAAAGUGCAGAGCAUAGAGUACGAACCACAAGUACAAAAUCUCGAGUGUCUAUACCAAUAUUUACAAGUCCUCAAGCAACACAAAAGGUUGCACCAUUACCUCAAGUGGUAGAGAAAGAUGGGAUGGCUCAUUAUAGAGAAUUUUUAUUUUCAGAUUACAUGAAUAGCUUUUUUGGGAACGCACAUGAUGGCAAAAAAUCUCUUGACUUUGCAAAAGUUAACUUUUCUUGA